AUGGCUAGCAAAACCAUUUCUUGCCGUCUUCUCUCCUCCACGAUCCUCGCGGUCGCCGCCGCCGUCUUUCCACUAGCUCUCGCCGCCUCCUCCCCCCACCGCGCGCUCCUCCAGUCGUCGUCCUGCCGGCCCAACGGCUCCAUCCGCGGCAGGUCCGGCAGCUGCAACCCCGAGAACGACUCCGUUUGCUGCGAGGACGGGAAGCGCUACACCUCCUUCGCGUGCUCCCCGCCCGUCGCCGGCGGCGGCACCCGCGCCACGCUCACGCUCAACAGCUUCGCCGACCACGGGGACGGCGGCGGCGCGGCGAGCUGCACGGGCACGUUCUUCGGCGACGGCGAGAGGGUGGUGGCGCUGUCCACGGGCUGGUUCGCCGGGGGCAGCCGGUGCGGGAGCAGCGUCGUGAUCCGGGCCAGGAACGGCAGGUCCGUCACGGCCACCGUCGUGGACGAGUGCGACUCGCUGCACGGGUGCGACGACGAGCACAACUUCGAGCCGCCGUGCGCCAGCAACAUCGUCGACGGCUCGCCGGCGGUUUGGAAGGCCCUCGGUCUCAACACCAACGACGGGGAGGUGCCCGUCACCUGGUCCGAGGCGUGA